AUGGAACACAAGCUUGCAAAAUUAGACGAAAAACAAGCCAACGAAGUUCGAGUCCAAAUCAUGCGGGCGCUAAGAAAUCAGAAACCACAGACAAGUAACUUGACACGGGGGAAACGAAUGGCUCUUCGUAAUCUACGCAAUGAUCAUUCAGUUGUAACCACCAAAUCGGAAAAAACAACCAUGGAUCGGACAGACUACGAGAAAAAGGCAUUGGAAUAUCUGUCAACUGGACAGUAUGAAAAACUGCCGGAACAGAAACGCAGAGCGAUCCUGCACAAAACACAAGCAUUCACAGCCAAACUACUUCAUGAAUUACCACCAAAGUUGAGUAAGUCACAGUUGUUCCAACUGUAUCCCAAGACUUGUUGUCCAGCCCGCUUUUAUGGUCUACCCAAGAUACACAAACCAAACAUUCCUAUUCGUCCUACUGUUGACUAA